AUGAUGAAUAUGUUUGAAAAAAGUUUUAAAAAUGAAGAUUUAGGAAUUGAGUUAAAAUCAUUUAUCAGUAAAAAGCAAAAUGUCUGGUUUCUUGGAAAAGAUGUUGCUAAGAUCCUUGGAUAUAAAGACACUAAUCAAGCAAUUAGAAAACAUGUUGAGGAAGAGGAUAAAUAUAAAGGGGCCGUCGAAACGACGGGGGGUUUGCAACAAUCAUUUUACAUAAAUGAAUCUGGUUUCUACUCCCUUGUAUUAUCCUCUAAAUUAGAAACAGCUAAAAAGUUCAAACAUUGGAUUACCUCACAAGUUCUUCCUUUUAUCCGUAAAUAUGGACAGUACAAAAUGUUUGACAAUCCGAAUAACAAAAUGUUUAAAAUAGAAAAUGAAACAGAUUUACAUUAUAAAGUUGUUCAACUAAUUAGAAAUUAUUAUCCUGAUUCUAUAUUAGUAGCUGGUCUAGGAGAGAAUCAAGAUACAGAGGAAAAAAGGCUAGAUUCGUAUAAAAAAGGAUAUCAACGAGGUCAACCAGAUCUAAUGAUUUUAGAUUAUCACAGGGAAUAUAAAGGUCUCUGUAUUGAAUUCAAAUCACCAACUAACAAUUACUGCGUAUCAGAAUCUCAACUUAAGAUGAAAGAGAAGUAUCGAAAUAACGAUUACGCAUUUAUUCUAAGUAAUGAUUACGAUAAGAUCAGCAAAAUUAUACAUAAGUAUAUGGCUGGUGUACGUAUUCUUUGUAAAUAUUGCCCAAAAGCAUUUCGUAGUAAAACAACACUAAAUAAGCAUUACAAAGUAAUACACAGAAUUGAGAAAAACAUUUAAUUUUUUGAUAUUAAUUUAAUAUCAAAAAUAUAAAAGGAGGCCUCCUUGGAGGAGAACAAAAUUUUAUAAUAAUUAACUAAGCUGAUUUCUAUGAAUUAGUUUUUAGAUCAAGAUUACCUGCUAAUUUACUUUUUAUAUAAAUGUUAUAGUAAUAUAAAUAAAUUAUAGAAUGCCUAAUAUCCAUUAGAUAUUUAAAAUUAUAAUUUAUUUUUAAAAUAUUUUUAAGUAAAUCUUCAUCAAGAUAAUCUUUAUUAAGAAAAUAUUUUUUAUGUUUUAAACAAAAACUAUAGAAAUAUAGAGCUUUUUUAUAUAAAUAUUUGUUAAUUAUACCCUCAUUAAAUAUAUUUAAAAAAAUUUUACAAUGUUUUUUAUAUUCUUCAAUUAAAUCUAUUAAAAAAGAAGAAGUAUUAAAUUCUUCUUUAAGUUUUUUAUAUUGUUCCAUUUUAUUAUUAAUAAAUUUAAUCUUUAAAUUCAUAUAUUAAAUUUCUUUUUAUAUUUCUCUGCAAAGUUACCAGCGCUUGAUGGACAUUGAUCAAUUAUCAUUUCAUCUAAUAUUUUUAUACGUUCGAUAAAUUCUUGUUUAUUCCACUCAUCUCCUCUGAGUGCUGAUCGUAGUUCUACCAAUACUUUCUCAUAUGUAGUAUAAGCUAACUUUGUUGUUUCUAUCUUUUUCUUAAAAUCCUUCUUUUUUGUAAUUCCACCUACAAUUACUCCUGCUCCAUUUAUUACUCCAAGAAUAACAGGAUUGAGUGUCAAUCCUCCUGUGAUAGUGCCAACAGCAAUAAGAGAUAAACUAGAAAUAGAAAAAAUAUUAUCUAAAAAUUUAUAAGAUUUAUAAGAUUUCUUAUAACACCAAUGUUUCUUAUGGUAAUGUUUAUAAAGGUCUGUUAUAGUUUCUCUUUGCUCUUCUGAUAAAGAUUUGUCUAUAUGAUUAAAUUCAAAAAUACUUGUUCUUUUACUACUAUUUCUUUUCAUUUAUAAUUACGCUAUAUAACUUCCAUUCAACUUUUCCUGUAGUAUAACUUUUUAAAUUGUAUAGAAUCAGUGUCGUAAAAGUUUGGUGAGUAUUAAAUUUUUUCUAAUACUCCAUCUUGAUUUAAAAACUCAAAUUUUUGAUUACUUGAGUAAUGUGAUAAGUUUGCAACUAAUUCUGAGGAGUAGUCACUUAUAUUAACUUUUGUAGUACUUGAAUUAAUAUUUUCCCCUACCCAUAAGAUUAUUUUUUUCCAUUAAAACUACUUGGAAUAGUUAUAUUUUUUCUUACAUUUCUUAUAUUUAGGUGUAGAGUAUUAUUUGAAUUAAGAUAAAAUAGAUUAAACAAAAUUUGAUUAUUGUUACUAUCUUUUUUGACGAUACUAAAAUUUCUAUUCCUCCAAAUAAUAAAGAUAAAACAUAAAGUAUAACUUGUUUGUCCACUAGUUGGUGUAAGAGUAAUAGUAAAACCAUUAACAUUUAAUCCAUCUUUUCUUAUAUUAUCUAUAGUUUUAUUUGGAAAGGAAACGUUACUAUCACUGUUAGAAGAAAUAGAAUCAAAGGUUACAUCAGAUGAUUGAAUAUUUACCCCAUAACUAUCCGAAUCUGUAAAAUCAAAAACUUCAAAAUAUUUUCUAUAAACAUUAUUUUUAAUAAAAGGAAUAAUUUCUUUUACCAUACCAACUGUGGCAGCGCUAUUGUUACUGCUUCCAUCGAGAUCAAUAUUUAGUAUUUUUUUAUUAUUUGUGUUAAUAUCAACAUUAUACUUAACUUCUGUUGGUAGAAUGUCAAAAGAAGUGUGAUAGUCGUAAACUUUAUCGGGGUCAAUAUUGUUAAAUUUUCCCAUAAUUCCAUAAGUAAUUAUAUAACAACCUAAAAACUGUGUUGGAUAAGAAGCUAGAUCAUUCCCUAAAUUAGGAAUAUUAACUAGUAUGUGAAGAAAGAAUUUAUUACUAAUUAAUAACUUUCGAAAGUUAACUAUUAUUCGAUGGUAAUACAUAUUUUGUUUUCUAUUUUUUGAAUCUGUAUAACUAAAGGAUAAUUUUCUAACAUUAACAUUUAAAUCAGUUAAUCCUGUUGAAGUUCCUUUAUCAACACUUAUCUGUGAUAUAUCCCAUAGUUUUUUAUCAGUGUUAAGUAACUCAAUACAUAAUGUGUAAUCUUUAUUACCUUCUAAUCUAUAAAAGUUAAUUCCCAUCUUAUAUUUAAAUCCAUUAGAAUUUUUAUUAAUUCCAAGAUAAAUUACUUUGUGUUUAUAUGUACGAAAAUUACCUUUAUGAGGAUUUAAGUCUGCUAUUUUUUUUAUUGUAUAACUAUUUCCUCCAUCUAUUUCAUCAGUCCAUUGAGCCGCACUAGACAUAAGAUAACUAAACUCAUCUUUAUAAUGACUUGGUUGAACUGCAUUGUGAUUAACUAGUUUAUCAACAUAAUCUUUGUUUGCCGCUUCAUUAUUUUCUGUUGGAUUACUAAGAUUUUUUAUUUUAUUAUUUCCAACAUUAAGGUCUCCAGUCAUUACAACUGUACCAUCUUUUUCCAAAUAAUCACUCAAAUCUGGACUUCCACUUUUAUCAUCAACAUAUUUUUUUGUUGCAGCAUCAGAGUUAUUAGUUGGUGUUUUAACAUUUUUUAUUUUAUUUGAAUUCAUAUUCAGAUCCCCAAACAUUGGUAUUAUUCCAUUAAUUCUUAAAUAAUUUGAAUUUGCGUAAAUUAAUGUAGUUGGUUGAUUAUUACCAUUUGGCAUUGGAAGAUUUAAUAUUCUAUUAUUAUUCAUAUCUAUACUCCCAGUCAUUUUUUUUGAACCAUCUGAUUUAAAAAAAGAAUUAACAUUAACUUUAUUUGCUGCAACUGUAUCAUCUACAUACUUUUUGGUUGAUGCGUCUGUAUUAUUUGUUGGAGUUGCAAGACUAACUAUUUUAUUGUUGUUAAUAUUUAAGUUACCAGUCAUUGCAACAGUACCAUCCUUUUUCAAAUAAUUACUCAUAGCCACAUUAUUUAAUAAAAGCGUAUCAUCUACAUAUUUUUUGUUUGUAGCAUCAUUUAAGCUUGUUGGUGGAGCUAAGUGAUUUAUUUUUUUGUUAUUCAUGUUUAAAUUAUAAGACAUACCAUUUGUUCCAGUAACAUGAAGAUAUUUUAAAUCUGUGAAAGCUAGUGGUGUUGGUUGUUUGGGACCAUCUGGAGCUGGUAUAUUAUAUGUUCUGUUAUUAUCCAUAUCUAGAUUUCCAGUCAUUUUUCUUGUACCAUCCGUUUUUAAAAAUACACUAGUAUCAACUGGUCCACUAGAAUUAUCAUCAACAUAUUUCUUUGUAGCAGCAUCAUUAUUAUCACUAGGUGUACCAACAUUUCUUAGUUUUUUAUUUAUCAUAUCAUAAUCCCCGCUUGAAGUUAGAUUAAAUCCUACUCCUGGAGCACCUUGAAUUCCCCUAGCAAAGGGAUGAUCAAGAGAUUGUUCGUUAAAUAUUCCCAUUUUAAUUAUUAGACUAGAUUACCAGUAAAGUUUCUUACAAUAUGUUUUUUUGGUUUAUCAAUGUAGAGAAAUGAAUACGGUUUUUUAGUUGCUGCUUUAUAGUCUUCUUUACUAACUCCUAACUCAGAUGAUAUCCUAUUGGAUUCCCUCGAUGAUGGAAAUUCAUAUAGACAAUAGUGAGAACAAUUCAACCGAAUGUCCUUUGUUGUUUUAUAAAACGACUGACUGAGAUACACCACCGAACAAUUCUUAUGCCGUCCUUGAAUGAAAUAAUCAAUCAGUUGUCUCUGGUUUUUAUCGCAAACAUAGUCAUCGAAUAUCACUAGUUUUUGGUUGUCUUCAUAAUCCAUUCCUGUCACUGGAGUUAUUUCAUCAUUACUCACAUGAAGUAUUUCAUAUCCCAGUUUACUACUCAACUCCCUCAUUUUUUGAAUUAGCUUUUGAUAUAAAUCCUGUUCUAGAUUACGCGCGUAAAGAUAAAUCUCAUCAUAAUACAAUAGUGGUUUAAUUAUCAUAUGAUAUAAUAGAGUAGUUUUACCACAUCCACUGUUUCCACAGAUAAACAUCCGAAAUGUGUUUGAUGGCAUGUAAGGAUAUAACUGUUUAUAUUUUUUAUCUGGGUUGUCACCACUAUCAUAGUUUGGUAUUUCCAUUUAUCUAAUGAAUAGAUAAAUGGAUAUUGAAGAAUACAAAAAACUUGCAAGAAAUAAAAUUGAAGCUGAUACUUUGACUAGACAGGUGAGAGAUGUAAUAAAAAUAACAAAAUGGCAAAAACAAGAUGUUCGGGAAGGAUUUAAAGAGUCAUUUAAACCACUUAUUAAAUCGCAGGAUAGUAUUAAAAAAAGUAUUGAUGAACAGCAAGACGCAACUAUAGCACAACUUAAAAAAAAUCAACUUGAAUUAAAAUCAGGAUUGGAAAAAAUUAAUGAAACUAAUUUAAAAUUGGCUAAUAUGAAAGAGUUACCAGAACCAGAUGAUGAUUGGAUAAAACCACCACCAGAUGAUAGUGAUGGUUGGAAUAUUAACUGGGUACCUUUAGGUAAACCUUUACCUAAACCAGAAGGUGAAUUAGAAAAAAAUUUUAAUGGGGAUGAAAUUAAGUUAUUAAGAGAAGGCGGUUAUCCAAGACCAAGUAAAUUUAAUGAAUCUAAUAUUAAAGAAUUGGAAGAAAAAAUAGUAGAUUUAAAUAAUGAUAUAAAGGAAAUAAAUGGAAGAAUUACAGGUAGAAGAAAUAUUAAGAACCCAUCUCCAGAGUAUGUAGCUGAAACUAGAGAAUUAAAAGAAAUACAAGGAACUCUAAAAAAUAUAGAAAUACAAUAAAUAUUUAUUUUAAAUCAAUUAAUUAUAAAGUAGGACAGGGUAAUGUUUACUUUAACAACCCACUUCAACUUCUAGACAGACUUGAAUUACUCGGUGGCUCAAUUCUUGCUGGGAAUAAUGGUGUAAUACCUGAGUUUUCUCAAAUAGCACAUCUUCUCAACCAAAUGAAGGUAAUCUCAAAAAAACAACUAAAUGAUUUACUAAAAAGUUAUAUAACAAUUAUAUAAAAAUGGAAGAACGAGCUAUCCACAUUUCCUCAAUUCAUAGGGAAAAAAGAGGAACAAGCAGACCUGGUGAUUUUACUAUAAAGUUUAAUCCAUCUCUGAAACUUGACCCUGAUAAGAAACACGAACUUGCUCUUGAUCGGCUGUCCAUGACUUACUCUUGGUACAACAUUAGAAGUGAUUACGACAACAAUAAAAUCAAAUAUACUCACGAUGGUUCCACCUGGCAAACAAUUACUUUUACAGAUGGAAUGUAUUCCUACUCAGAUAUCAAUGAUUACAUUCAUCAAUAUAUGUCACAAAAAAACCAUCACUCAACAAACUCCAAAGGAGAAAAGGAGUAUUCAAUCAAUCUAACUUUUAUACUAUCUACCUAUCGAAUUUUAAUUUCNUCAUUGUAGGUCAUUGUAGGUCAUUGUAGAUCAUUGUAGGUCAUUGUAGGUCAUUGUAGAUCAUUGUAGGUCAUUGUAGGUCAUUCCUUGUUUUAGUAACUACGUGAUGAAAUGAGAAUAUAUGUGACAGACUCACUUGGAAGACCAGUAAGUUUUAACGGUAUAGAUUGGUUCAUGACAUUAAUUCUUCAUUCAAUGUAAUAUAACUAUUAAAAUAAAAUGAUGAGACAAUCAGAGUUUAAAAUGAAACUUAACCCUGAAUUGGGUAGAUAUACAAGACAACAUAUUUAUGGAGAAGGAAUGAUGGAUGUGUUUAAAUCAGUUGGUAAAAAAAUAUUUGGAAAGACAAUGAAAAAAGCUGCUAAAAGAGGUGCUGAAAAAGCGGUAACAGCAGCUGCAACAAAAACUGGUGAACAUGUUGGUAAAAAGGCUGGUGAUAAGAUAUUGCAAAUGUUAUCCAAAGAGGGGGUAACACCCAAAAAACGUACUAGUACAAAAAAGUUACUUUUAAUAAAAAUGUUGAAACAAUUCCAAACACUCAGCAAGAGAUAAAUAAAAGAGUGAAUGCCAUUCUUAGUGGAGGUUCAACACGUAAGAGAAAAUUAUAUAAUUAUUAAAAUAAAAUGAAGUCAUUUAGAAAUCCAGAAUAUUUAGAAAGAUAUGAAGAUGUUGUUUUUGACCUUGAUCAGGCUUUAGCCGCACCUGCAAAUGCUGCUCAUCAAAUUAAAACAGGUCAUAGAUUUGUUGCUGAUAACACAGGAGAAGCUACUCCUUUUGAUUGGUAUAACGCGCGAUUUUCAGUAGAUUUCAAAGUUGUUCAGCUGGCUGCUGGAGCUGAUAUAGAUGCAGAUGGAGAUCAAAUGGGAAUAGUAAAUGGAAGUAAUUCUCUAAUAGAAAAGUUAUCCAUCCUAGCAAAUGGUAGAGAUGUUUACAGUUGCAACUAUGCUAAUCAUAUAGUAAAUAUUAAGAAUUUGCUUGAGUAUAAUCCCUCUUAUGCUGAGAGUGUUGCUACAAACGAAUUUUACUAUCUUGAUACAUCAAGAAGUGCAAAUAGAGAGAAGUACUCAGAAAGACAGGUUCAACACGGUGCUAAUGAUGCUGGUAAUGCUUGGGAAGCAAGAAAUUUUGUAGAUGGGGAUAAUAAUACUUACAACAAAGGUUUUGCAAUAAGAAAAGUACUAUUAGGCGACUCAGCAACUGUACGAUGUGAAAUUCCUCUUAACAGAUAUUCUUUCUUUGAAUCAUUAGAGGAUAAACUUCUUCCAAAUACAAAAAUUGAGCUUAAUAUAGAACUAGAAUCGGAUAACAAUCUUAUCUGGCGAACUGGAGGUGAUGCUUGUAGAGUUAUACUAACAAGAUUUCAACUAUUUGUUCCAAGAAUAACAUUUAACUCAGAAGGACAAAAAAUAUACUUGGAAAAUUAUCUUAAACCUUACAAUUGGAAAUAUUUAAAUGAAGUAGUAGAGCGAUCAAAUAACUCUCAACAGCAAACAGGUCAUUUUAGAAUUACAAAUGCAAUUACCUCGACAUGUAUUUGUUUUUGGAAUUAACACAGCCAAUAUUGAUUCACAAGAAGCAAAUCCAUUUUUAUACAAUACUUUUAAUCUACCAAACAAUGCUAAUAUAUCUCGCUGUUAUCUCGAGGUUGGAAAUGGAAAUGAGUACCCUGAUAUUCACUUUAAACCAGCUACAGAUCCAGCAAGAGUUUUCAGAGAAGUAAUGGGUUAUGUUUACGCAAAUAACGACUUUCAAGGUGGAACACUACUUAAUAGAACAAAUUUUGAGUCUUUGUUCCCGUUUGUUUACUUUGACUUGACAAAACAAAAAUUGGAUAUAAAAGAUGGAGUUACAAAAUUGUCGUUUCAUUACGAAUUAUCCGCCAAUCCAAACGCUGAUUAUAAUUUCUACGCUUUAACACUUCACGACCGAAUGGCAGAAAUCGAACAGCAAGGAGGAAAACUAUUGCUUCGAGCAUAGAACCCCUCCCACUCGAUCAAUUAUCAAUUUUAAAAAGAGAUUAGUAGUAUAAAAUGACAUCUAUGGAGAGACUAAAACGAAAGUGUAAUAGCUACCUUGAAACCCGUGUUUAUAACUUUACCAAAGCCAAAAAGCGCAGGAAAGCUAUCGCGUCUGAUAGAAGAAAAUAUGAAAAACUUGAGUAUAAAGUAUUCAAUAUAAGAAUUUUAAAAUCUUAUCUUUAUGGAAAGUUAUCUUUAGGAAUUGAUCCCAAAAAUUGUUUUAUUGAUUUACAUUUUCUAAAAAUGUUAGAACACUAUUUAUAUCUUAUGUUUUAUCACGAAAAUAUACAAAAGCUAUCAUAUAAUGAGAAACUUUUGUGUUAUCUUAAAGCAAUUGUUCAACGUAAGGGGUUUGAUCCAAGAAAAUGGAAUUACGAGUAUAUGAUACAAAUUUCUCGUGUAUUUUAUUAAUUGAAUAUACACUGCAUAUGAUUUAAUAUAACCACUUAAAUAAAAAUGACUACUUACUUUGAAUACGGAGUAACACUUACAGAUGGACAAAAGUCAAAACUGGCUUCUGCAAUAUUAAAUGAAUCACCACUAACUCUUCGGUUAAAACAUUCUCAUCUUAGAGGUUCUGAGGAGUUAAUGUUAACAAAAAGACAAAUUUCUAAAAUAAAAAAAUCUAUUGCAAAUGGAACAGGAUCAGAUAUAAAAAUAAGUAAAACACAAAUUAGAAGUUCUGUAAAACAUGGUGGAAACUUAUUUUCACCACUUGCUUCUAUUGGAGCAAAAGUACUACCUUACGCAGUAAAAGGAAUUUCAAAAGUUGUUCCUGCAUUAGCAACUGGUGCUGCUACUGCACUUGGAGAAAUUGGAUUAAAUAAAAUAUUUGGAAAAGGAAUCACAAUUCCCCCUCAGUUUUUUCCAAUGUUACCACCUCUUGUAAGAGAAUUUACCAAAUCUCAAAUAAAUCAAAUUAACAAAGCUUAUCAAUCAGGUGGGCGAUUGGUUAUAAAACCAACUCGUAAACAGAUAGAAGGAGGAUUUCUUGGAACUCUUGCAUCCAUUGGAAUUCCAAUGGCAAUUAGUUUAGUUUCUAAGAUGUUUGGAUCUGGACUGCAGGUUGAUAGACAUGGAUCAUCUAAUACAGCAAAUGUUUACGUUCCACAUCCUCCUCCACCACCAACACAUGGUGAAGGUUAUUACCCACCUCCUUUUUUAGGUACAUGGAACAACCCAAUUGGAAUGGGAGUUAAAAAAAAAAAGUCCAAGUCCAAAGGAAAAGGACUACUACUAGGAAAAAACAGCCCAUUCAACUCAAUUCCACUAAUAAGGGACAUUUUGUAAUCAAACCUCUGUCCAACUUUGACCUAAUGGAAUGGAUAAAAAGACUUAGUAUUAAACAUUUUAGAGGAAUAUUUAGUCGCGAUGGAUUACCUCAUAAAAUAAAAAAAGAAUGUGGAAUAAUUAAUCUAGAUGAUAUAACAGGUCCUGGAACACACUGGGUUUGUUAUAGAAAUAUAGACAAUGUAGUUGAGUACUUUGAUCCAUUUGGACUAAUAAUGCCAAAUGAAGCACUGGAGUAUUUUCAUACUUCCGGAAAACGAAUAGUUUACUCAAUGGAUGAAAUACAAAAUCGCAAUACUGUUCUAUGUGGUUAUUGGUGUUUAUACUAUCUCUACGAGCGACAGCGGGGUAAUAGUAUUUUAAAUGUAAUACAUAACCCUCAUUUUGAUAAUGACAAUAGUGAUUUCAUACAAGAGUAUUUUGGAGGAUAAAAAUAAUAUUUAUUAAAUAUUAUUAUUUUUAUUCACUAUCCGCUGGCGUAUCCUUUAGUUGCUUAACACUCUCAACUUUUUUAUUUAAAUCUUUAACACUAUCAACUAUUUCAUCAAAUUUCGAGUAAAUAUUAAUAAGUCUAAAAAGUUUCUUCUUUUUAUCACUACUUAUUUUCAACCAAGAAUAGUCCUCAUCUCUGAUUUUCCCCCACAUCUCACAUUCACCAGCCACUAGUAUUCUAGAAAGAUCAUCAUUUUUCUUUCUAAGAGACUCAAACUCAUUAUUUAUUUGUGUUCGUACAUCUUUCUCAAAAUCUUUUAAUGUUUUAACAUCCAUCUUUUUUUCUAUUUCAGAAAAGAAUUUAGCCUCCAUUUAUUAUAUAAAUAGAUAAUUACCUUUUACAACUUUAUUAAGUGUAUUUGAUUUCUCACUUAUUUCCAUAAGCAACUCAAAUACUUUUAUAAAUCUAGUGUCAUUUUCCAAUCUAGCAAAAUCAGCAUAUUCAUAACUCAUGUUUAGGUUAUUGUAUAUCUUUUGAAGUUCACUUUUCAAAAAAUUAGAUCUAGUAGACAUAUUUUAUCUAAACAUUAUAUUAAAUGAAAGAAUCAUAUUGCAUUGUAGAUAAAAGAGUAACUCCUUGCACAGAACCAAGUGGUUACCAAAAAGAUAAAAGAGGUAGAACUCAAUUCUAUUGUAGAUGCGCAGUUUGUGGAAACAAAAAAGUUAGAUAUGUAAAAACUGGAUCAGCUUCUCAAACUGGAAGUGGAAAAAAGAGAAAACGAAAAUCAAAAAACUAGUAAGCCCGUCUGAAGGGGCGGGCGUCUUUGAUACUGUAGUUGGCACAGCAGUUGAUGGAUUUGUUCAUUACGGUUUACCUUGGAUGGGUAAAAAAGCAGUUGAAAUGGGACGAUAUGGAGCAAGCGAAUUAAUGAGAAAUAAAAAUCUUCAGAAGAAAGCUGUAAAUUAUGGGAUUAAUAAACUCACUCCAUUUAUUCAAGAUUCUGUUGGAUCAGCAAUGGACCAGUUAUCAACAAAAGUAAGACCAAAAAAUAAAUAUAAAACUGAUAGACCAGAAUUAGAUGGAAGAGGAAUAGAUAUUCACAAGCAGAUUGGUAAAUUACCAAAACCAAAAGGUGGAUGGACCUUACCAGGGCAUAAAUAUACAGGUCCUUAUAAUGAUCUCGAAAACCAAGUAAGAUACAAUCCGGAAACUGGUGAAAUAUUAGAAAUUUACGAUCAACCAACUGGACCAACUGAUGCCGUGGCCAUGCAACAUGAUGUUGAUUAUAGUGUUUGUGGUGAUGACCGAAAGUGUAAAAAUAAAGCUGACAGAAAGAUGGUAAAAUCUUUGGAUGCAAUUCCUUGGAAAGAAAGACAAUGGGGGCAUACUUUAGCUAGAACAAUAAUUAAUACUAAACAA